UGAAGAAAAGCAACGAGACAUGGGGAGGAUGAGUGUGCGACGCGAGGUCAAAAGCAGCAAUAACCAUGGCGAGCAGAAAGAAAGCAUUUCGCGGAAAAGAAAGAAUCACCCCGUCGUCCCUGCAGUCUGCAGGUGCGGUAGCGGUGCCCCGUCUCCAUCCAUCGCAAAGCCCCCGGGCUUUCGAUCCCGUCCCCUGCUUUUGUUCCCGCCCGCCAGAUUCCUUCCAACAUCCCGGCUGCACUGCACUGCACCACGACUCCACGAGCUGAGGUGAAAAGCAAGCGAGAAACGCGCCGCCCCGGGGAGGAGGCGAGGGGUGAGUCGGGUCGGGUGUGCCGUGCGCGCGCGUAUGGGAAUGGCAUGAUCGUCCGGCGGCGCGUGGACUCCGUGGAUGGAUAACGGGGACAGGUCGGGCGCUGGCGCGGGCGCCGUCGGCAGCGCCGGCAGCCUCGGUCUCCGCGUCGGGCAGGCGGUCUUCUCGUCGGCGUCGCUGCUGUUCAUGUCGGUCGGUGUCGAGUUCUUCAGCUACACCGCCUUCUGCUUCCUGGUGACGAUCAUGGGGCUGGUCAUCCCCUGGAGCUGCACGCUGGCCAUGAUCGACGUGUACUCCGUGUUCGUGGGAUGCCCUCUGCGCGUGCCGGGCGUCAUGGUCAUCGUCGUGGCCCUGUCGAUAGUCUCGUUCGCCGCCGCCUGCUCGAGCGCCGCGGUGAUCGACCUCCUCCUCCAGCUCCAUGGAUCCCACAGCUCCCCGACGUUCUGCGGGAGGUACCAGCUGUCUGCCAUGAUGGCGUUCUUGUCCUGGCUCCUCAUGGCCGCCUCUGCCACCUUCAACCUCUGGUUCGUCGCCUCACGGUGGUAAAGCUGCAGCAGGCCACUUUUUUUUUUGUUUCGUAGAUAGCGCACAUAAUUUGGCUUUGGAGAGCGUAUGUGUUAGCUACUGGAUGCUACUGGGAUUCGAGGGAGAGAAGAUCAGAGAAGAGAGUAGCGUGUGGGAGAGUGGGAGAGAAUGACAGGAAGAUGGCGAUAGAUGUAUUCCUUUACCCAAAUUCUUCUUGUCCUGAUUAUUACAGACUCAGUACUUAUACUACCCUGGGACGCAGCCCAUACUCAUUUGGUACA